UGACAGUUCAUGCUGGAGACUUUGGCAGUGGUUGUGACAGCACAGUGGGCGGGAUUUUACCUCAGAUCAGGGGAGAGAGUCUAGUCUUUGGUGAGACUGAGGGGGAGUAAGAGAGAGAAAGGGACCUGGGGUGCUCUUCAGAGAACGGAAUCUGCACGCAUGGUGAUCUCCGGCUCUGUGGGUGAUCCUCAGUCACCAUGAAAGACUAGGAACUCAGCUCUCCGAGGGACAUGGCUUGUUUUGUAAUAUCCCUACCCUGCUACCUGGCAUAUGACUCCAGCUGCCUGUAAAGGGCCCGUCAGCCGUUUAUGGGAACUAUCACUGUGUUUGCACUCUUGAGGAUUUAAGCUUUUCCAAGACAGUUUUUUUUUUUUUUUUUUUUUUUAAUUUUUAUUACCCCCGCUGUUGAGUCACAGCAGCAGCGCUUUGCAGUAGACUGGAGAGGCGUCGACACGAUGGCGAACAACUCGUACAGUGGGGUGAAGAACUCCAUGGUGGAGGCCAACCACGAUGGAGAGUUUGGCUGCAGCCUCAAAGAACUGCGCUCCUUAAUGGAACUGAGAGGCGCUGAGGCGAUAAACAAAAUUGGAGAAACUUAUGGGGACAUUCAAGGACUCUGCAGCCGGUUAAAAACAUCACCUGUAGAUGGUCUAAGCGGACAGCCUGCAGACAUUGAGAAGCGGAAAACGGCAUUUGGGCAAAAUCUUAUACCGCCCAAAAAGCCCAAAACUUUCUUACAGUUAGUGUGGGAGGCACUACAAGAUGUCACGCUGAUUAUCCUAGAAGUGGCAGCGAUAGUUUCACUAGGCCUUUCUUUUUAUAGACCUCCAGACGCUGAAAGAGAAAACUGUGGAAGAGCUGCUGGUGGUGUGGAGGAUGAAGGUGAGUCAGAGGCGGGCUGGAUUGAGGGUGCCGCCAUUCUUCUGUCAGUCAUCUGCGUGGUGCUGGUGACAGCAUUCAACGACUGGAGUAAAGAGAAGCAGUUUAGGGGCCUCCAGAGCCGCAUCGAGCAGGAGCAGAAAUUUACUGUUGUUCGUGGAGGGCAAGUUAUCCAAAUUCCUGUGGCUGAGAUUGUGGUCGGCGAUAUUGCACAAAUAAAAUAUGGUGACCUCUUGCCUGCUGACGGAGUCCUCAUCCAAGGUAAUGAUCUGAAGAUCGACGAGAGCUCACUCACAGGGGAGUCGGACCAUGUCAAGAAAACACAAGAAAAAGAUCCAAUGCUGUUAUCAGGCACCCAUGUAAUGGAAGGCUCAGGGAAAAUGGUGGUCACUGCUGUGGGUGUCAACUCCCAAACUGGAAUUAUCUUCACUUUACUCGGGGAAAGCGAAGAUGACGACGACGAUGAGGAGGAAAAGAAAAAAGAGAAGGAGGAGAAGAAGAAGCAGAGAAAAAACAAGAAGCAGGAUGGAUCUGUGGAAAAUCGCAAGAAAGCUAAAGCACAGGACGGUGCUGCGAUGGAAAUGCAGCCUCUGAACAGUGAUGAGGGAGGUGACGCAGAGGAGAAGAAGAAAGCCAACCUGCCAAAGAAGGAGAAAUCUGUCCUCCAGGGCAAACUGACCAAACUAGCGGUACAGAUUGGAAAAGCUGGACUUGUUAUGUCAGCUAUCACUGUUAUUAUCCUGGUGGUGCUGUUCGUAGUGGACACCUUCUGGAUCCAGAACCUGCGCUGGACCAAGGACUGCACACCCAUAUACAUUCAGUUCUUUGUGAAAUUCUUCAUCAUUGGCGUCACCGUUCUGGUGGUGGCUGUUCCUGAAGGCCUGCCGCUCGCUGUAACAAUCUCACUGGCGUACUCUGUUAAGAAAAUGAUGAAAGAUAACAACUUGGUGCGCCACUUGGAUGCUUGUGAGACUAUGGGCAAUGCCACGGCAAUCUGUUCCGACAAGACCGGUACUCUCACCAUGAACCGCAUGACUGUGGUCCAGGCCUUCGUAGCCGAAAAGCACUACAAGAAGAUCCCUGAGCCAGAGAACAUCCCCUCGUCCAUCUUAGACCUCUUGAUUCUGGGCAUUGCAGUCAACAGCGCCUACACCACUAAGAUAAUGUCUCCAGAAAAAGAAGGGGGUCUGCCACGACAGGUGGGCAACAAGACCGAAUGUGCCUUGCUUGGCUUUUCCAACGACUUAAAACGCGACUACCAGGCCAUCCGCAACGAGAUCCCAGAAGAGAAACUGUACAAGGUGUACACCUUCAACUCAGUCCGCAAAUCUAUGAGCACUGUGUUGAAGAUGCCUGAUGGCAGCUACCGUAUGUUCAGCAAAGGAGCUUCAGAAAUUCUCUUGAAAAAGUGCUAUAAAAUUGUGACAGCAAAUGGCGAAGCAAAGGUUUUCCGCCCACGCGACCGAGAUGACAUGGUUAAGAAAGUGAUCGAGCCCAUGGCCUCCGAGGGCCUGAGGACCAUCUGCCUUGCAUACAGAGAUUUUCCUGCCUCCGAGGGAGAACCUGACUGGGACAACGAGAACGAUAUCCUCAGCGGACUGACCUGCCUCUGCGUUGUCGGCAUUGAAGACCCUGUGAGACCAGAGGUCCCAGACGCUAUCAAGAAAUGCCAACGUGCUGGCAUUACAGUGCGGAUGGUGACUGGGGACAACAUCAACACAGCUCGAGCCAUCGCCACCAAAUGUGGCAUCCUGCAGCCCGGAGACGACUUCCUCUGCCUGGAGGGGAAAGAGUUCAAUCGCAGGAUACGCAAUGAAAAAGGAGAGAUUGAACAAGAGCGCAUUGACAAGAUCUGGCCCAAACUACGAGUACUGGCACGCUCUUCCCCCACAGACAAACACACCUUAGUGAAAGGCAUUAUUGACAGCACAGUGAUAGAACAGAGACAAGUGGUAGCAGUGACAGGAGACGGUACAAAUGAUGGUCCCGCCUUGAAGAAAGCUGAUGUCGGCUUUGCUAUGGGUAUUGCUGGAACAGAUGUUGCCAAGGAAGCAUCUGACAUCAUCCUGACUGAUGACAACUUUUCCAGCAUUGUCAAAGCUGUCAUGUGGGGACGGAAUGUCUACGACAGCAUCUCUAAAUUCCUCCAGUUUCAGCUAACUGUCAAUGUGGUGGCUGUCAUCGUAGCAUUUACAGGAGCCUGCAUCACACAGGACUCCCCGCUGAAAGCAGUGCAGAUGUUAUGGGUCAACCUGAUCAUGGACACCUUUGCGUCGCUAGCUCUGGCCACAGAGCCCCCCACAGAAGCCCUGCUGCUAAGGAAGCCAUAUGGCCGCAACAAGCCUCUUAUCUCUCGCACCAUGAUGAAGAACAUCCUGGGUCAGGGAGUGUUCCAGCUAGUCAUCAUCUUUACACUGCUCUUUGCUGGAGAGAAAAUGUUUGACAUUGACAGCGGCAGGAACGCACCUCUCCACGCUCCACCCUCUGAACACUACACCAUAGUCUUCAAUACCUUCGUGUUGAUGCAGCUUUUCAACGAGAUCAAUGCCCGCAAGAUCCACGGUGAAAGAAAUGUCUUUGAGGGCAUUUUCAACAACCUUAUCUUCUGUAGUAUUGUUUUUGGUACCUUCAUUAUCCAGUUCGUCAUAGUGCAGUUUGGAGGGAAGCCAUUCAGCUGCACCGCUCUGACCAUCGACCAGUGGCUGUGGUGCACUUUCUUAGGCUUCGGCUCCCUUAUAUGGGGACAGGUAAUCUCCUCAAUACCCACCAGCCGCUUAAAAUUCCUGAAAACAGCAGGCCACGGCACCCAGAAGGAGGAGAUCCCCGACGAGGAGUUGGAGGAGCUGGACGACAUGGAUGAGAUCGACCACGCUGAGCGGGAGCUUCGCCGAGGCCAGAUCCUCUGGUUCCGAGGCCUCAAUCGCAUCCAAACUCAGAUGGAUGUAGUGAGUGCGUUCCAGAGUGGAACUUCCUUUCAGGGGGCUCUAAGGCGGCAGGCCUCCAACUCCAGCCAACAACAGCACGAUAUCCGGGUGGUGAAUGCAUUCCGCAGCUCCAUCUCCCUCUAUGAGGGGCUGGAGAAGCCCGAGUCGCGAUCAUCGAUCCACAACUUUAUGACCCACCCCGAGUUCCGGAUAGAGGACUCUGAGCCCCACAUCCCCCUCAUAGACGACACCGACGCCGAGGACGACGCCCCCACCAAGCGCAACUCCGCCAGCCCCCGCAACGCCACGCCCACGCCCCCGUCGCCCACGCCCUCGCCCAUCACCACCAUCGAGCCCACCACGCCGGUCUCGCCUUCCCCGAACCAGAACAAUAACGCUGUGGAGAGCAGUAACCACCUCCUCCCAGAGGGCCCCAAAUCAGGAACCCCCUCGGCCCCGGGGAGCCCACUACACAGCCUGGAGACCUCCCUUUGAUCUGACCCCCCACCCCCCCCCCCGCGCUCCACACGUCACCACCUCUUUUCUACCCGCCACCGAGGAGCUCAACUCAGACGAAACGAAACGAAACGAACACUUGGAGAGGAGAGGCGAAGGGCUACACGGAAGAGCGGAGUGUGAGCUUGGCUUGGGCUGGACUAAAAGAACAGCAAACAUUCUGAGGAAUGUACGGCUUGGUGUGGAUUCUUCUUUGGUCUUCUUUUAUUUUUUGGUUCUUAUCAAUACCCCCCGCUGCAACACAAGGACUCCGUCUUCACCCCUCCCUCCUUGGUAACAUUUGUUUUUCUCGGUAACAAGGGGUGAUUAUAAACUGAUUGAAAGUGACCUGUUUUUAUUAUUCUAUUAUUAUUACUAUUAUUUUAAUUGAGAAGGGGAGGUUCCUCCUCCUGGCUUGAAGAUCGUCUGUAAGAAUUAUGAAAGAACCUUUAGCUUCUCUUUUAUCUGAAUGGUGUUGUAUAUUUAUCUCUUUGGCCCUUGCUCAUUCAAAACUUAUUUCUGCUCCAUCGGCUGUUAAUAUUUUGAGUUAUUUAUGUUUUUGGAAAAAGCAGGUCUGUUUACAAAGUUUGUAGAUACUUUUUUUUUCUGUUUGUAGGCAAAAGAGCUUCCUGAUGUAUGAUGCAGAAAACUGGGACAGAAUAAGAAACUGAACGAGAGGAUUAUUUCAGAUACUGCUGUAUUUUCAGGAAAAAAAGGGUGUUUCUAUUGAAACUUAACUAUUUUUGCCUGCAAGUUUUAUUUGUUAUAUAUUUGUAGAUAAUAUAGAACCUUCUAGCCAAACCGAUAAACACUAAGGCUUGUAUAGAAAAGAGGUCCGUCGGACGAGGUGUUUUCACAGGAGACGGGGACGGGAGAGAUAAUUAGGGCCUCUGUCCACUAACAUUGCUAUAAAUAUUUACUUCUUCCAUUUCUUCGAUAGUUUUCAUGUGCACAAAACCUUCUGGAGUUCUGGAUUCUCUUUUCAUUCAUUAUGUUGUGUUCAAGAAUUUCCACAUGUUGAAAGGUUCAGUCAUUAAAGGGACUUUAAAAAUGAAAAAAAAGGAAAAAAAAAAAAAAAAAAAAUCAUCCGGGCCCGUAUUUAGCAAGCAUCUCAAAUCAUGCUGAAAGUUUGUGGAGGAAACAAGAGUCUCACCUCGGUCACUUCUUUCAGCGACUAGUAGAAGUUCUUUUAGAUUCGCGCGACCAUAAAACAUCUUGUAGUUAUCGGUUGCAUUCGGAAACCGGCCGGUGCAGGAAAAGGGAACGCAGCUUCACUCGUUGGUGUUUCAUGAGCUUAUUUAUGCAUGUUAAGGCUAAAAAUGUGUUUUUGCCAAAAGCACUAUCAAGCUUUUUCACUUCGGUUCAAACUCGUGCUGUAUUUGUGAGCUAUAACCACAUCAUCUAUUUAUUUUUCAGUAAGACUAAGCAUGAAUGUGCCUUGGCUACAAUAACGACCUGGUCCCACCAUUUACCACCUUCAGGAAACUCCUUACAGCUAAAUAACUUCUACGGCUAAAAGCAGGACCAAACAAGCCCCACUCUUAAAAUACGGGGGCCCAGUUAGGACUGAUUUCCUCCCUCCCUCUGGAUGCUUGAUAAAUAUGGACCCUGGUCAUCAUUUUCAAAAUAAAUGGUGCAUUUAAUUUCUUCUACAUUUUUUUUUUUUUUUUUUUUUUUUUUUUUUCUCUCAGCAAAACGUUAGCCUCCCCCCUCCCUGCCAAUGUACAAUACAAACAUUUUGUUUACUCAGGCAUAGAAGAAGUAUUUCAUUUAAAAGGAAUCUAUAAAGAAAGAACCUUUUAACUUCAGACUUUGUGUAUGUAGAUAGCGAAACAUCGUCCAAAAGCAAGUCAAUUAUUUUCAUAUUUCGUUCUCUUUAGGAAAAAAUGUAAUUUUGCUCCUCCUGAGUUCUGGUUUGUUGGCAUUUUAAAUUCAAAGACAAAAAGGGGAAAAAAAGCUUAUUUUUUAUUUUAUUUAUUAUUAUUAUUAUUAUUAUUAUUUUUUUUUUUAAAGAAAAGUCCCUUCAGCCCUGUCCAUACGACUCUUUUCACCAUCAGUAAAUAAAAGCCGCUGCAUUUGGUUCGUUUGUAAAAAUAUUUUUGACACCUGAUGGACUGGAAACGCUAAAGAAUUGGACACGUGCAUUUUUCAAGAAUAAACACUAGGCAUACACUGGUAUCUAUCUGCACAGGGUACUUUAUUUCAUAGCGUUCCUUGGGGAAAAAUAAUUUUGAUACAAAUCAUGAUGAUAAUAAAAAAAAAAAAAGAAUUGUACCUUUGUAUUUUUAUGAUGAUACUGAUGAUAACCUUUCAUCGCACUAAACCGAAUUUUGGAUGAUUUGACACCAAUCACGUUCUACCGGGGAGGGUUUUGGCCACUAAAAUGUGUUUUUGUUCUGGAAUAUUCAUCUCAGGGUGCAAAUGAUGUGAAAGAGAACUGGCCUGUUUUAGUUUCACUUAUUAACACACUUAAUUAAAUGUUUGGGAAGGCGCUCGCCGGGCCACAACGCGGUGAAAUCGGGCAGCGGGUUUCGCAGCUUCUUCCUGCGGCCGCCUGGCCGGCCUCACCUGUGAGGGCCGCGCACAGGGAGGGAAAAGUUCAAUCACGACGUUCUCUGAGGAAAUAGUUUGUUUUCCUUGUUUUACAGAUGACAAAACAGCAGCUAGGAUUGCGUACAAAGUGAGACAUUGAAGAGGAAUCCAUGUGAGGAGUUUGUUCUGUAGCUUCUUCCUGUAACGGGAAUGAAUGUUUUUCCAUCUGUUUUAUGGAUUAUUAUUUUUUUAUCUUUUAACAUUUGGAAAUAAAAAGUACUUCAUGUCUGUUUAUCUUGAGCAUUUUAAAUGGAUAUUGUGAUUGGAUUUACAUUUGAAACUUGUCGAGUAAUGUGUAUGGUUUUUAAAAAUAAAAAAUGUAUUUAGCCUAA